AUGAGCACCCACCUCAUAACACAACUAGGACAAAUCUACCCGCCCUCCUUCCGUACGGUUGUCACUCGUACCGCGGGCUUCAUCUUGGUCCUGGGAUUCCCCAUCGUCGUGGUUGCGGCUUUCACCAACCAUGUACCGUUGUCCGACCUCUUGGGCUUCCUCGUCGCCUUUGCUGCAGUCAUCUGUGGCAUCUUUACUGUUGUAUGGGGCCUUCUGUGCGUGCUCGGUGGCGGCGGAUUAUUCUUCUCCACCGUGGCAGCGGUCAUGAUCACCACUGUCGGGUACGCCGUCCGCGAUGGUACCAGCACGACGGUCACCGACGCCGAUGGCCAAACCCAUAAACGCAGCUUUUCCCACUGGUGGAUUCUGCUUGCCAACACAGCUUUUAUGGUUAUUGUUGUCAUGUUUGCCACGCUAGGUUGGCUUCCCACCGCUCCCAGCGCCGAAACCAACCGCACCUACCCGACCGAGCCGGUGCUGCAAAACCUCGAAAGGAUGGACCAGACCGCCCUGAAGCAGCGUCGCCGCAACAUCGAAGCUGUCAUAACGACCAACCUCGCGGCGCUGGCGCAUCUAGAGACGGACAGCGCGUGUGACGGCCCGCUCGCCUCGGACAGCGACAUAGCCCUGCUCCGUAGCCUCGUGCGCAAGGACCUUGCCAACCUGCGGACUGUGGCCGACGUGUACUCAAAGCGGUUUGAGCAGGAUGUGCAACCGGAGAAGGUGUAG